GGCCUCGCCUGCCUCGCGUUCAUCACGUCUACUCGGUCCAAUUGGACGCCUCAACGGCCCUGACCUCGCCAGAGGCAGAGUUUAAAGAUGGGGGAGGAGGAUGCCAACGGGAAGGCUGCCAACGGCGCCGCCGCCGAGGAGAAGGCCGAGAAGAAGGAGUCUGGGCACACCGACCACCGCGAUGAGUUUGAGGCCUCCACCGGCCUGACCACCGCAGAGGCGGAGGCCCUGCUGUUGGAGUGGGGCAGGAAUGAGCUGGAGGAGAAGAAGGUGCCCAAGUGGCUGGUCUACCUGAAGCACCUGUGGGGCCCCAUGCCCAUCAUGAUCUGGCUGGCCAUCAUCAUUGAGUUCGCCAUCCAAAACUGGAUUGACGCCGGCAUCCUGCUGGGCAUCCAGUUCGCAAACGCCACGCUGGGCUGGUACGAGACCACCAAGGCCGCCGACGCGGUGGCCGCGCUGAAGAAGGCGCUCAAGCCGCUGGCCACGUGCAAGCGCGACGGCAAGUGGCAGACGAUGGACGCCACCACGCUGGUGCCCGGCGACCUGGUGCUGCUGGGCGCGGGCGCCGCCGUGCCCGCCGACUGCAUCGUGAAUGAGGGCCGCAUCGAGGUGGACCAGGCGGCGCUGACCGGAGAGUCGCUGCCCGUCACCAUGUACAAGGGAGACACGCCCAAGAUGGGGUCCACGAUCACCCGCGGCGAGGUGGAGGGCACUGUGGAGUUCACCGGCAAGAACACCUUCUUCGGCAAGACGGCGCAGAUGCUCCAGGGCGACGGUGGGCUGGGCAACCUGCAGAAGAUCCUGCUCAAGAUCAUGUUUGUGCUGGUGGUGCUUUCCCUCACCCUCUGCUUCAUCGCCCUCAUGUACCUCAUCUUCUCCAAGAACGAGUCCUUCAAGGAGGCCCUGUCCUUCACCAUCGUGCUGCUGGUGGCAUCCAUCCCCAUCGCCAUCGAGAUUGUGUGCACCACCACACUGGCGCUCGGCUCACGCCAGCUCAGCGCCUACGGCGCCAUUGUGACCCGCCUGCAGUCGAUCGAGGAGAUGGCUGGCAUGAACAUGCUCUGCUCCGACAAGACCGGCACCCUCACCCUCAACAAGAUGGAGAUCCAGGACUACUGCCCCACCUUCCGCGACGGCGAGACCCUGCAGACCGUGCUGGUCGCCUCCGCGCUGGCCGCCAAGUGGAAGGAGCCCCCCAAGGAUGCCCUGGACACCAUGUGCCUGGGCGCCGUGGACCUGGACGGCCUGGACGUCUACACCAUGCUGGACCACUCGCCCUUCGACCCAACCAUCAAGCGCACCGAGUCGCAAAUCCAAGCCCCCGACGGCACGGUGUUCAAGGUGACCAAGGGCGCGCCCCAGGUCAUCGCCAAGCUGUGCGGCGCCGACGACCAGCCCGAGAUGAAGAUGCGGGUGGAGGCGGAAGUGGCCAACCUCGGCUCCCGCGGCAUCCGCUCCCUGGCCGUGGCACGCACCUACGACGAGGCGCAGGAGAAGUUUGAGCUGCUGGGCAUGCUGACCUUUUUGGACCCGCCCCGCCCCGACACCAAGCACACCGUCGAGCAGGCCCUGGAGUAUGGCGUGGAUGUGAAGAUGAUCACGGGCGACCAGGUGCUGAUUGCCAAGGAGAUGUCGCGCAUCCUGGGCCUGGGCCUGUCCAUCCCCGACGCCUCGGGCCUGCCCAAGCUGGAUGAGGACGGCAAGAUCCCCAAGGACCUGCACAAGUACACCCGCAUGAUUGUGGAGGCAGACGGUUUCGCACAGGUCUACCCCGAGCACAAGUACCUGAUUGUGGAGUGCCUGCGCCAGGCCGGCUUUGCCGUGGGCAUGACGGGCGACGGCGUGAACGACGCGCCCGCCCUCAAGAAGGCCGACGUGGGCAUUGCCGUGGCGGGCGCCACCGACGCCGCGCGCGCCGCCGCCGACAUUGUGCUCACCGACCCGGGCCUGGGCGUCAUCAUCCACGCCAUCAUCAUCGCCCGCCAGAUCUUCCAGUGCGUCAAGAACUUCAUCAACUACCGUAUCGCCGCCACCCUGCAGCUCCUCACCUUCUUCUUUAUCUCCGUCUUUGCCUUUGACCCCCACGACUUCUGCCAGUCCGCCGUGGACAACGGCUACGAGUACGCGUGCGGCACCGACUCGGAGGAGUGGCCCGACUUCUUCCAGCUCCCCGUCCUCAUGCUCAUGCUCAUCACCCUGCUCAACGACGGCACGCUCAUCUCCAUCGGCUACGACCGCGUCAAGGCCUCGCCGCGCCCAGAGAAGUGGAACCUACGCGUGCUGUUCCUGGUGUCCACAGUGCUGGGCAUCGUGUCCAUGGGCUCCUCCCUCCUGCUCGUGGCCCUGGUGCUCGACUCCCCCAACCCCGGCUCCCUGUUCCAGAAGAUGGGCCUGCCCGUGCCGCCCUAUGGCAAGCUGGUGACCAUGAUCCACCUCAAGGUCUCCCUCUCCGACUUCCUCACCCUCUUUGCCGCCCGCACCGAGAGCUUCUUCUUCACCAUGAGGCCCGGCAAGCUGCUGAUGGCCGCGUGCUGUGUGGCGCUGUCGCUGUCCACCGUGCUGGCCUGCAUCUGGCCGGAGGGCGAGCUGGACCACGUGCCGGUGGAGGGCCUGGCGCUGGAGGGCGGCGACAACUACACCCUCUGGCCCCUGUGGAUCUGGAUCUUCUGCAUCGUGUGGUGGUGGAUCCAGGACCUGCUCAAGGUGGGCACCUACUGGGUGGUGCUCAAGCUGGACAUCUUCCAGGCCCGCACCGGCGCGCUGGUCAACCUGCGUGACGCCUUCAGCACCAAGGACAGCCCGAUCGCGGAGGAGGUGACGGGCGUGGUGGAGACCAAGCUGCUGGACAAGAAGGUGGCGGCGGUGGAGGAGCAGGUGACGAAGAUUGCCAAGCAGGAGCGCGGCGCGGUGCCGCCCUCGCUCGCGCGCAUCUCCAAGACCACCGCGCUGGCGCGCACCUCCAUGACGGGAGCCAACCUGGGCCGCACCUCGGCCACACAGAUCACGCAGCAGGUCCAGGAGAUCGAGGAUGCGCUGGCCCAGCCGCUGGGCGGCAAGAUCUCGGCCCAGGAGCGCCAGGAGCUGGAGCGGCGUGCCGAGGAGAUGCGGCUGGCCCUCGCCAAGCUGCAGCGCGUGUCUGCCGUGCGUGGCGACCAGCCAUAGGCGCCUGUGGCUGCGGCGCGCCGGCGCUGAUGUGUGUGCUGCGCCCUUUGGACCGGCCGCGAUGGCCAUCGCGGUCGGCGGCUGCAGCAGCGGCGGGUGUAGGUGAAGCGGAGGCGUGGCCAUGCCUCCUCGUGGCAGCAGCGGUGCUGCCGCCAUCGAUGCGGCCGCGGCCUCCCUGAUUCGCCCCGCGCUGAACAGCACGUGGGGCUGUGUGAACGGCGGAGCGCUGCCACCCCACUCCUACCCCCGCAAACCCCCAACUCAACCGAGCCCUUUCGGCUUCUCGCUUGUCUCUCUAUCCACAUCUGUUUUUUCUUUCCGUGCUCCACUAAGCGUUUUGGACUCAAUGCGCCGAGUUCUACUUUUCCGCGUCCCUCUCUGUUCAGGCCACCAGCCUGGCAGCGAUAGCGCAGGGCCCAGCUUCUGUGUGUGCCCUGAGCGAUGCCUUGCCACAUCGGCUGGCUGGAGGACGGGCGUUGUUGUGGCUCCCUUCCCUUUUGCUGCAUAAUUCGUAGCGUCUCAACCACUCUUUUUGGAGAAGGUAUUUGGGGGUGUAGGUCAACAACAAAUGGCGCCCGACACAUGUGACAACCACUUAC